GCAACGCGCUGUUAGCAGAGAAACUAAAAAGAGUGAAUAAAUUAAAAGAAAAAAAAAAGAACUUAAACUAAAGUAUUAAAAAAAAUGGAAGAACUGAAAGUUCGUUUAACAAUACUGUUCUUUUUAAUAAGUGCUGUUUUAUGUCUUCUUGUUAGUAUGAAUACAGACAAUUGGACAGAACACCAAGGAGUUUUUUCAGGAUUGUGGCGAAAGUGUAAAAAACUAAAUGGGGAAACAUCUUGCGAAGAACUUUCCAACAAUUCUUUACCUGGUUUCUUUACGUAUGUGAGAGCACUCUGCGCUAUAGCAUUAGGAUUCUUUAUUGCUGGAAUUUUGUACUGUAUAUUUGUUAUCUUUCGACCUCGUACGUUUGGAUUGACAUGUUUUACAGUUUUUGUCAUCAUUGGUGGUUUGAGUUUGUUAAUUGGACUUUCAAUCUAUACAUACUUCAACGAUGAUAAGUUUAGCAACAGUAUACGAUUCCACUGGUCUUACUUUGUUGGUUGGUUAGGUGUUUUCAUGGCAUUACUUACAACGAUAAUAUCAUGUUACGACAUAACGUAUCCUUCAUCACCUUACGGUCAAGCAUACAGAAUAGAAUAAUCAUCAGAACUCUCAUCACCGUACGGUCACGCAUAUAGAAUAGAAUAAAAUGCAGAUAUUUGUAAAGACUCGGCUUCUUGUUUAUCUUUAAGCACUAAUUUUUGAUAUUUUUGUUUAAACUACGACAAAAAAAUUGAUUGUAAUCAAAAAUAAUAAAGAGAAAAUAGUUUAGUGCAA